AUGGUGUGUAAGAGAAGAGAGCAACGGAGUGAAGAGAUUUUCCUCUCAGCGGUGUAUGGAAGACCUAACUCAGCCGGCAGACAGGACCUGUGGGCGCAAAUCAGAAGCUUAAGAACUAGCACUAGGGGUCCCUGGCUGCUCGCAGGAGAUUUUCACUCUAUACUUAGUCCCCAAGACCGUAAGGGUGGCGCACAAUUCCAAGUGGCUAGGACUAGAGCUUUCCGUAGUUGUGUGGACGAUAGUGGGCUCAUUGAUGUUGGGUUCUCAGGGCCGCGGUACACGUGGAAGCGAGGGAACCUAUUCCAGCGCUUGGAUAGGGCUCUGUCCAACAAACAAUGGCUCACAAGUUUCCCUAAUACUGAUGUUCGCCACCUAGAGCGAAUGGGAUCUGAUCACCGCCCUAUCUUGGUGAGUGCUGAACUGAGUGUUCAAAGGGGUAGGAACGCGCGUCUUUUUCGUUUUCUUGCUCCCUGGAUUGCCCAUGAGGACUUUGGGCGCAUCAUGCAGGAAAGCUGGCAGGGUGGGAUGGUUUUGCCGCAGGCAUUGUAG